ACUACAUUAUAGUAUUGCCUAUGGGUAAAAACAAAUGCAAAAAUAUAAGAAUUUUGUGCACAGUUUUAUUAUUAACUCCCGAUCAGAGCAAUCUACAUACUUCGAUUAAAGCUGAUAAACAACCUGGUAAUUAAAAUCACCAAACAAACAGAUGGUGUAAUCUUCUCUGCAUCCUAUUGAAGCUUUAACAUGGGUCAGAGCUUGGAAAAACAUGGAGAAAAAGAUUCCUUUCAGCUGUCACAGCUUAGGAAAAAGAAACUCCUUUGUGAGUUCAACACGUUUUUUGAUAUUAACAAAGAUGGUGUCAUCACUCUGAGUGAUUUUCAUAGUGUUCGAGAGCGCAUUUGUAAAUUAAAUGGUUGGAAACCAGGGUCUGACAAGUAUGACAAAACUGAGGAAUUAUUUCGUGACAUUUGGGAGUCACUCAAGGAACAGGCUGAUUCCAAUCAUGAUAACAAGAUAACUCAAGAGGAAUGGAUUAGGAUGUGGGAGCAAAUAAAUGAAGCUGAGUCUCAAGGGAAAAUUAAUAAAUUUCCCCACUGGCUAACAUCAUAUUUGUGGUACAGGUUUAACAUGUAUGACAGAACAUGUGAUGGUAUAGUUGAUGUGGAGGAAUUUUGCUAUGUUUUAGAGAGCUUUGGAAUCCCAGAACGGCAGUCACGCCAGUGUUUUGUUAUUAUGACUCAGAAUGAAACCAAACCUCUAAAUUUUGAUUACUUCUGCAAACUUGCUGGAGAAUAUUACCGAAGUGAUGAUCCUGGUGCUUUGGGAAACUUCAUUACGGGUAGACUGGCUUUUUAAACACUGAAGUUGACUCAAAGAAGAAGUCCAGUAUGUUCAGCCAAAAAAAUGCCUUUGGUCAGACAGCUGCUACUAGACUGAUGAUGUUUUACUUUGAAGUUAUCAUCAUUAUUAAAGCUUUCUUAACCUCAGAGAUCUCCAUAUCACCUAAGUUGGUGAUGAAUACCUAUUUGACAGAUAAUGAAUGUGGAUAGUGUCAUAUAGAGUAAUGAUUCCCUACUCUAAUAAUACAAUUUCUACAGUUUAUUAUUUUUUCUCACAUUUAUAAAUUAUUUUAACAUAAAUCAUUGAUAGAGCUGUGUGAUUUCUUGAACUUGCCAAUAAUUAAAUCAUCAAUCUCAUUAAUUGAUUACUUUAAACUAAUUGGUUAUUCUCAUAUGAGACUAAUCUUCCUACUUUUUAAGCUUGUGUUGGGUUUUUAAAGACAUUUUCAAACUAACCUUCAUUUAAUGUGAUAAAUAUCUUCAAGUAAAGCAACUUAGGAUUAAGUUACUUUUUUUAUUUUUAAACUAUUGCAUAUUAAGAUGCAAUCUAGUACAAAACCUGUAACAAGCUGGUAAUAUGGUUGAUAUUAGGCUGCAAAUUUCUCCCUACAAAUUUUCACAAGACUUCUCUAUUAAAAAUAAGUAAACUAAUUCUUCAUUAACAACAAUUGUCCUUAAAUUUCACAUGAUAACACCUAGUAAAGAUUUGUGUUUGUCACAUUGUGUGAUGGGUAAUAAAUGUAAUUCAGUGAAAAUAAAUUCACUCUGAUCAUAUAAAAACGAACAGUACAACGUUUACUAUUUGGCAAUAAAACUUGUGAUGAUACUAGAUGGCCUCUUUGUAGAGAAUAAAAUGAUUCAUAAGAUGGAAAUUGAAAUUUUAGACAAAAUAGUAAAAUCAUUAUAAUGCCAGGAAAAUAUUUAAAUACUGACAUUUCAUAAUUUUUUCUAAUUCCAUCAUCAACAUGAAAACCUUAAAAAUAAUCAACAACUGCCUUAGUAUAAAAACAUAAUGUGCUUUUAAGCAAGAAGUUGAUACUGACAAAAGUUUUGAAAGAAUACCUUAAAAUGAUUAUGUUUACAUUUUACAUUACAGUAUAGAAACACAUCUGCAUGCUGAGAAAUCAAUAUAUCAGACACUUAAAGCUUACAGUACUAAUUAGCUAGUGUUUAAGAGGCAUGUAAUAUUAGUCAGGCUUGUAUUUGCUUUUUUAGUGAUUCCUAUCUAGCUAGAGCUAGUCGACAAGUAAAAUGGAUGUUAUAUAUCGUUAGACUGUUAUUAGUCUGGACAGGGUUAAAUGAACAAUUUAAAUUUUUUUAAGCAAGUGAAGAAUAAUCA